GAAUCAUACUUUACACAAGUAAAUACAAACCAAUAUGUCGUGCACCACAAUACAUCUGAAUAAAAAUAAAAUAAAAAGCAACACGUGUGAUGAAAAGAAAACGAAACGUCUCUUAGCAGCGGUUCAAUGGCUUCAAUCUCUGAAACCCCACGCAGGUCCUCCGCCCAGUCCUCGUUGUCAUGGUUUCUUGCAUGCCUCUUCCCUGACCUUCUUUUCAAGCUUGUUUGAGAUACAGUGACCAGCACAGGCUGUUAUUGCUCUUGAUGCCGCUAUUGCUGGUGAUGUCUGUUGAGGGUCGAAUUUCACAGCGCCGUAUCAUUCAACCAUUCCGUGUGCCGUUAGCUGGGAUAUAAAAACAACGGAACUAGAGACAAGCAGGGCUGCAACACUUGAGGUUGGCGUUGCUGAAUAGAAGACAUUUGAAUUUGUAUUAGAUCGAAACCCAGCAACAAGAUCUAGAAAGAAAGAAAAACAUUGUAACUGAUUCCCUGAGCACUAUUUGUUUCAAUUUCCUCAAGCAAAAAUGAUCGAAACAGUAGAUACCCAGCGUGCAUUGCAGGCAGUGGAGCGUCUUCAGACCAAGUUAAAGGAACGUGGCGAUGCAUUCAACGAGGAGAAGCUGAGUUUGUUGAAGACAGUGCUGCAGAGCUCACUGUUUCACCAGAUUAUCAACCUGCAGAGCUCUGUCCAGCAACUUAAAGACCAGGUGAAUGCAGUUCCAACAUCACUAUCUUUAAACAAUGAGAUCUCUCAAGCAGCCAACUCUGGCUUGUCUUGUUCAUUUCCUCUGAGUGAGUCAUAUGUGAUAGCGCAGCAAAAUGGCAAUCAUGAUAACCAGCUGGAGUCACCAGUUAUUGCAUUCUCACCACAGAUGAAUGGCAAGCCAACCACUGAUGAGUUUGAACAGAUAAUCAGAUCUAUGGCACAGGGCCGGCAUGUGGAGUACAUUGAGCUGGUAAAGCCGUGCAGUGGGCUGGGGUUCAGUGUGGUUGGUCUGAAGAGUGAAAACAGAGGAGAACUGGGGAUCUUUGUGCAGGAAAUUCAGGAGGGCAGUGUGGCACAUGGAGACGGAAAGCUGCAAGAGGCAGAUCAAAUCUUAGCCAUCAAUAGACAAGCGCUUGAUAAGACCAUCACACAUCAGCAAGCUAUCAGCAUCCUCCAGAAAGCCUCAGAGAAGGUCCAGCUAGUUAUAGCGAGAGGCCCCAUCCCUCAGCUCGUCGGUCCUAUGGUCUCCCAAACACCGUCUGCAGCAAGCACAGUCUCUACUCACUCCAGCACACCUCUGCAGAUUCAUUGGCAACAUGUGGAGACAAUAGAGUUGGUGAAUGAUGGCACUGGUUUGGGAUUUGGAAUUGUGGGAGGAAAAACAACAGGUGUCAUUGUGAAAACAAUAUUGCCGGGAGGAGUAGCUGAUCAGGAUGGCCGGCUACACAGUGGAGACCACAUUCUAAAGAUUGCCAGCACUGAUCUCCAGGGGAUGGGCAGUGAGCAGGUCGCGCAGGUCCUCAGACAGUGUGGGAACAGAGUGAAGCUGGUCAUUGCGAGGGGAGCUGUGGAGGACUCCAUAUCAGCCCCACCACCACCUUCUCUACCCCCUGUAGCAGAACACCUGGCAGAACCUAUAGACAGUGAAGAGGAUGAUGUAGAUGCAUUCGAUGUGGAACUAACAAAAAAUGCACAGGGUCUGGGAAUAACCAUUGCUGGUUAUGUUGGAGACCAAAACUCAGAGCCUUCAGGUAUUUUUGUUAAGAGCAUUACAAAAGACAGUGCAGUUGAGCAGGAUGGACGGAUCCAUGUUGGGGACCAGAUUAUAGCUGUUGAUGGGAUAAACAUACAGGGGUUCACUAACCAGCAAGCUGUGGAAGUGCUACGGCACACAAGACAGACAGUGCACCUUACACUCAUGAGGAGGGGAUUCAGACCUUUGGAGCAGCUCCCUACAGAACACAAAUCAGAGGAAAAGCAGGAGAAAGAGUUAACUGUGGACACAAUGGAUUGUGAUGUAGCAAGAGAGGAUCCACAGACAUUGGAUGAACUUGUGCCACCAAUAUGUGGUACAACCAGUGUGGCUCCUACAGAAGAACAACUGCCUUCUCAAGCAGGAUCACAGCUGAGUUUUCAAGAAGAGGAAGAACUAAAGGGAAAAUGGCAGUCCGUUCUAGGUCCCAACAACGAAAUAGUGGUGGCCCAGGUUGAGAAAUUUAGUGAAAGUAGUGGUCUUGGCAUCAGCUUGGAGGCUUCUACUGGGCAUCAUUAUAUUCGAUCCAUUCUACCAGAAGGGCCGGUGGGACGCAGUGGCAAACUGUACAGUGGAGAUGAGCUGUUGGAGGUUAAUGGCACAUCCCUGCUUGGUGAAAACCACAAGGAUGUUGUGAGCAUUUUGCAGGAGCUGCCAGUCAAUGUGACCAUGGUGUGCUGUCGCCCAGCUCUUCACUCUUCACAGAGUGACAGCGAUGUCAGUAACCUUAGCCAACCAGAGCAAUCUGUUCAGCUGACUGAAAAGGAACACAUAGAUCUUGGUGGUUAUAUUGGGUCCUCUGAGACGGAUGACAUGGCUAUAGACAAAACUAAGGUGGAGGCUCUCACCGAGGGGACUCUGGGAUCUCCUUUGGCCAUGUGGGAAACAGAAAUACAAGAUAUUGAACUGGAAAAAGGCGACACUGGGCUUGGCUUCAGCAUCUUAGACUAUCAGGAUCCUGUUGACCCAUCGAAAACCGUGAUUGUAAUCCGUUCCCUUGUGCCUGAUGGUGUGGCGGAAGUGGAUGGACGUCUUCUCCCUGGAGACCGACUCAUGUUUGUCAACGUCACCAAUUUGGAAGAUGCAACCCUAGAGGACGCUGUGCAGGCACUGAAGGGGGCACCACUAGGAAAAGUCAGAAUUGGAGUGGCCAAGCCUUUACCUCUUUCCCCAGAGGAGGGCUAUAUGUCUACAAAGGAUGAUUCCAUCUUCUACACUGCUCAGCAGUUUGAAGAGGAGGAGCCAGCCGAUGCUGCUUUUUUCCAUGCAGAGCUAGCACUGGUGGACUCUAAUGAGGCAGAUCUGACAGAUGAGAAAGCGAGCAAGGAUGAUGCUGACACGUUUCAUGCGUCCAUGAUAGCUUUGCAUGGCAGCACUUGCAGCGCCGACCUGGAAUAUAGACUGUCCGUUCAGUCUUCUACUCCCAAGAAUUUCAACGAAGGAGCAUUUGCAAAGCUUUCCUUUUCAUCAGUGUCAGAAUUCUUAGAUGAAGAGGAACCUUCUUUUCCUGAAGAAAAAGCAAUCUCUCAUUCUGAACCCUGGAGGUCCUCGAGUCCAACACUGAGGUAUGGAGUUUCUGGCAGAUACUCUGCUGAGCCUCCAAAAAGCUCAAAGGACACAGGGAAGGUUAUACCAGAGAUUGGGCCUUCAGAAUCCAGCACAUGUGUGAAAGAAGACAACAAGCUUGUUGAGACUUUUGAGAAACAACUUGAAUUGCAAAAGGCAGACGUUUUCUGUGCGGAAUAUCUAUUCAGCCGUGGAGCUAAUACAGCAUCAGAUGUGUUCAGUGGUGUCACAGAAGACAGAUCAAAGCGAGAAGCUUGUUCAGUUAAGGAUGAAGAACUAUCUCUGGACCAAAGCCCGGUGGACAAGACUGAUAAAGAAAUGUUUACACCUGGAAGUAGUUUUGAAAGAACAAUCACUGUUGUCAAGGGCAACUCUAGUCUUGGAAUGACUGUGAGCGCUGUGAAGGAUGGCUCGGGAAUGAUUGUUCGCAGUAUCAUUCAUGGUGGGUCCAUUAGCCGGGAUGGUCGUGUUUGUGUUGGAGACUGCAUCUUGGCUAUUAAUGGGGAGCCAACCACUAACCUCACUAAUGCACAGGCCCGUGCUAUGUUGAGAAGACACUCUCUCAUUGGGCCUGAUAUAAGAUCUUCUUGCGCACCUGCUGAUGAUCAGUCCCCCUUUUAUGUUAUCACCUAUGUACCAGCUGAAUACCUGGAGGAAUACAGGACCAGCUUGGGUGAGCAGACAGAAGAAACCUGUGAUGGUGCCCAUUCAACCUGUGGAGAGAUUCCUGAACUUCCAGAACGAGAAGAUGGGGAAGGGGAAGAAAGCGAACUACAGAAUGCUGCUUACAACAACUGGAACCAACCAAGAAGAGUAGAGCUGUACCGUGAGCCGGGUAAAUCCCUGGGAAUCAGCAUCGUCGGGGGCAGAGGGAUGGGGAGCCGGCUCAGUAACGGGGAAGUGAUGAGGGGAAUCUUUAUCAAGCAUAUUCUUGAGGACAGCCCAGCAGGAAGAAAUGGAACCUUGAAAACAGGGGACAUGGUAGUUCAGGUGGAUGAAAAUGAUCUUCGGGACGCCAGUCAUGAGCAGGCAGUUGAAGCUAUCCGCAGGGCAGGAAAUCCUGUUGUCUUCCUGGUACAGAGCAUUGUGCACAGACCAAGGCCUGACUCUUUCUGUAGCCCUUCAUCAUCUCCUCUUAUAGGUUCAAAUCCUUCAGCUACAUACUCUUUAAUCCAUCAUCCAUCUAAGAAACCGCCAUUGCCUUUCCUGCAGUUAAAUCCUUUGCGUGAACCAGCCUUCAGUGUUACUAAUCCGUUUGCUGCCUCCUUUCAGACACCCUUUUUUCAGACUGUGACGGAUCAAUCACAUGAUGAGAAGACAUUGCCAAUACCAAAAUUAAUGACCAAAAAUCCCUUUAAUGAAAAUAAAGGAAAGGGAUCUGAGAGUCACAGUAGACUUUUCCUCCGCCUCUCCCCAACUAACCCUUUUGCUCCUACUCCGUUUAAGGCACCAAAUCGUUUGGAUUUAGAGACAGAAAAAGUUUCCCCCUCCAGUAGUUCACUCCCUCCCCUGCCAGUGGUGCUCCCUGUUGGUGAAACAGACACAAACACCCUGCCAGAGAGACCAGAGCUGUUUGCGGAGAGUCCAGAGGAAAAGGAGGAUGAAUUUGGUUAUAGCUGCAAGAAGAUUGUACAACGCUAUGGAAGUCUGGAUGGGGAGCUACACGUGAUAGAGCUAGAAAAAGGGAAGACCGGUCUAGGCCUAAGCCUUGCAGGAAACAAAGACAGAUCCAGAAUGAGCGUCUUUGUGGUUGGAAUUGAUCCAUGUGGAGCCGCUGGAAAAGAUGGCAGGAUCAUUGUUGGAGAUGAAUUAUUGGAGAUAAAUGGACAGAUUUUAUAUGGCCGCACUCAUCAGAAUGCCUCCUCUAUCAUCAAAUGUGCACCGUCAAAAGUCAAGAUUAUUUUCAUCAGGAAUACAGAUGCACUCAACCAGAUGGCUGCAGGACCUGUGAAAGAAUCAGCGCCUGGCAGCUCAAAAUCCCACACAGAGCUGGAACUUUAUACUGAAGUAUCAUCAGCAUUGAAUGUUGAUUUGAAUAAAUCCAUCCAACAUGUCAUACUCCCCAAGGAUCAAGGGAGCUUAGGAAUCGCAAUCAGUGAGGAAGAUACAAAGAAUGGUGUGAUGAUAAAGAGUUUAACAGAGCAUGGUGCAGCAGCAAAAGAUGGAAAGAUCAAAGUAGGAGACAAAAUCUUGGCAGUAGACGAUGAAACUGUUGUUGGCCAUCCUGUGGAAAAGGUAAUCACUUUGCUUAAAAAGGCAAAGAGUACUGUGAAGUUGACGAUAAGUUCAGAUGAUCCAGCCUCACAGUCACCCUCUGGAAUGUCAACUGCCAGUGCCUCUGAUAUGAAGAGCACCAAGCCCUCUGCAGUGACAUCAGCUGCAGUGGGUAUACCAGAAUCUGACACACUCAGAAAUGCAAGCAGAUCCUCUACUCCUGCCACUCUAGUAUCAGACCCUGCCACCUGUCCCAUUAUCCCAGGAUGUGAAACCACCAUUGAUAUUUCUAAGGGGCGAACAGGCCUUGGGUUGAGCAUUGUAGGAGGAGCUGACACACUACUGGGAGCAAUUAUUAUUCAUGAAGUAUAUGAAGAAGGAGCAGCAUCCAAAGAUGGUAGACUCUGGGCUGGGGAUCAGGUAUUAGAGGUUAAUGGAAUUGAUUUAAGAAGUGCCACUCACGAUGAAGCAAUACAUGUCCUGCGUCAGACCCCACAGAAAGUGCGUCUGAUGGUAUACAGAGAUGAGGCCCAGUACAAAGAAGAUGAAAUGUGGGACGUGUUCUCUGUGGAGCUGGAGAAGAAACCAGGCGAAGGUUUAGGCCUGAGCAUUGUUGGAAAGAGGAAUGACACUGGUGUCUUUGUGUCAGACAUUGUGAAAGGAGGAAUCGCUGAAACAGAUGGUAGACUAAUGCAGGGAGACCAGAUACUAUCUGUGAAUGGGGAAGAUGUUCGAACCACAACACAAGAAGCUGUUGCUGCAUUGCUAAAGUGUUCUGUUGGAACGAUAAAGCUGGAAGUUGGCAGGUUUAAAGCAGGACCAUUCCAUUCAGAAAGACGAUCAUCACAGAGCAGUGAGGUUAGUGACACUGGCAUCUAUGGACUGACUUCGUUUAGCAUGCCUGUAUCUCUCUUGGCUGAUUCUGAUAAUGGACAGAAGAGCCACACUUCAUCUGAGCUAGAAGUCCUGAGGACUGUUGAGUUUACAAAGGGGCCCACAGACUCUCUGGGAAUCAGCAUUGCGGGGGGAGUAGGAAGUCCCCUUGGUGACGUCCCUAUAUUCAUUGCCAUGAUGCAUCCCACUGGGGUCGCAGCCCAGACUCAAAAACUCAAAGUUGGAGAUAGGAUUGUUAGCAUUUGUGGAACGUCAACUGAAAACAUGAGUCAUUCCCAGGCUGUGACCUUAUUGAAAAAUGCCUCGGGUACGAUUGAGUUACAGGUGGUUGUUGGAGGAGAAGUGAGCGUAAUAUCAGAUCAACCACAGGAUCAGACAGGGGCCAGCUUUUCAGUCUCAGGCCUGACUGCAAGCAGCAUCUUCCAUGAUGACCUGGGGCCUCCCCAGUACAAGACAAUUACACUAGACAGAGGGCCUGAUGGACUGGGAUUCAGCAUUGUUGGAGGGUUUGGAAGCCCACAUGGAGACUUACCCAUUUAUGUAAAGACUGUGUUUGUAAAGGGAGCUGCCUCUGAAGAUGGUCGUUUAAAACGUGGUGAUCAAAUGAUAGCUGUGAAUGGACAAAGCCUGGAAGGGGUGACCCAUGAAGAAGCAGUUGGUAUUCUGAAGCGGACCAAAGGCAAUGUGACUCUUACUAUACUCUCAUAAUAACAUGCUCACUAGAGGUCAAUGGUUGAAUGUUUUUUGUUUUUUUUGUAGCAAUAACCACUGUAAUCAUCUAACUUAACACUGCUAAAGUAUGUGCUAUAUCUGACUAGUCACUAUUGUAGAAAGGUAAAAAAUAUUGUGUUCACUUUUAGCUGCCACUUUCCAGAAGCGACUUGCACUUCAGUGUUUGUUCAAUGAUUCCAUUGUACAGUGUUUGUAAAGUAUAUGGCUGAAAGGCGCUACAUAAAAGCAAGUUACAUUUGGAUUCAUUGUAUUUACAGAAGUUAGCAAGAGAAGUUAUAGGCACCCAUAAAAAUGUUAGUGACCAGCUGACUUUCUCAGAAGCUAGUUCAGACUUGUGAUGUUACCCAGUGGCCUUUAUUCGACAGCUAGUAAUAAAAAUACAACUUUGUAGAUAACGAAACCCUUUUAAAACACAUUAAGGAGAUUAAUACAAUACUAAUAUGACCCAAUAUAUAAUAUGUCUGUGUGGAACACUGCUCUUUUGUUCUGUAGGCAUGUAUUGCAUGAGUUUUGAUAACUGUAACGAAGAAAGAGAACAAUAAUGCGAGUAAAACAAUCUAUGGAAUGAGGAAGAUAGAAAACAAUGUAACCGAGAAAGUCAAUUGAAAGGAGUAAAAAUAGUGUAUUAAUAUUAAUAAUAAGGAAAAUUAAGCAAAAAACAGAAAGUGUAAAGGUUUAAUAGCACUGCGGUAAAGCUGUCUGUAGGUUUACUAAUUUAAAACGAUGGCUUCAGGUAAGGCAGUUGUGUUUGUUUGAACAUAUUUCCAGCUGUCAUGGGGCCAGAAAAAUAUUAAGAAACAAAUAACUUCAUUAACA